GAGAUUCUUGUUGGCUCUUGUUUUUCUCUCGUGCGUCGGAUGCUUUAUCGGAAUUAAGUGUUUUCUCGCCUAAUCAGAAUUAAUUAUCCCAUCCUUUGUUUCUCUCCUUUCCUUUUUCCUCAGAAGCAUAACAUGGGCCAAACGCAGAGCACCCCUCUCUCCCUCCUUCUUGCCAACUUCAGGGACGUAAAAGCUAGAGGACACAACUUAAGCCUAGACAUUUGCAAGGGAAAGUUGAUCACCUACUGCCGCUCUGAAUGGCCUACCUUUGGGGUCGAUUGGCCUAUAGAGGGAACCUUCUGCCUCCCUGUAGUCCUUAAAGUAAAAUCAAAAAUUUUCCUACCAGGGAAAGAAGGUCACUCGGAUCAGAUUCCCUAUAUUCUGGUGUGGCAAGAUUUAGUGGAAAGUCCACCUCCUUGGAUGGCCUCUUCCUUAACAGCAGGGUCAUGCCAAAUCCUAGCGGCUAAACCUAUCAACCCUCCCAAGCUGCUAACUCCAACUGCACCCCCUGUUCUCCCCGACAGCCAAGAUUUACUUUCCCUUGACCCUCCCCCUUACCAGAUUCCUCCUCUUAUUCCACAAGCCGCCCCUAUCCCUGCUCCCGACCCCAUUUCCCCUGCACCGGCAGAGCCUCCCAUAGCCCAGCCGAUAGAAGAACUAGAAAAUAGGGAGGCUCAACCCGCGCCCAUGUCUAAUGGGGGCGCAAUCCAAGGGCCGGCUGGGCGUACCCGUGGCCGGGCCCCACGUGAGCCAGGAUUCCGCCUCCCUGACUCCACCAUAGCUUUACCCUUACGGGAAAUAGGGCCUCCCGAUGAUACGGGGAACCCCCGACUUCAAUACUGGCCCUUCUCUACCAGUGACCUAUAUAACUGGAAAACCCAGAAUGCCCGAUUUUCUGACAACCCUAAAGAUUUAAUAAGUCUCUUAGCGUUAUGUUUACCCACCAACCCACCUGGGAUGAUUGUCAGCAGUUCCUCCGAAUCCUGUUCACCACCGAGGAGCGAGAAAGAAUUCAAUUGGAAGCAAGAAAGCUGGUUCCUGGAGAUGACGGCCAACCCACUGCUAACCUUGAUCUCAUUAAUGCAGCUUUUCCCUUGACCCGACCCCCACAGGAUGGCUGGGACUACAACACGGCAGAAGGUAGGGGAUGGCUACGCAUUUAUCGCCAGACUCUAAUGGCGGGUCUCCGGGCUGCUGCACGCAAGCCCACUAAUUUGGCAAAAGUGUAUUCAGUAAUACAAGGUAAGACAGAGAGCCCUGCCGCAUAUUUAGAAAGAUUAAUGGAAACCUUCAGACAGUAUACCCCCAUGAACCCCGAGGCCCCCGAAAAUCCAGCUGCUGUUGUAAUGGCCUUUGUAAAUCAGGCAGCCACUGAUAUUAAAAAGAAACUCCAGAAGCUAGAGGACCUGGAGGGAAAACAGAUUCAGGACUUACUCCGCAUUGCCCAGCGUGUCAAUAAUAAUAGAGAGACUCCAGAGGACAGGCAACUUAAAGCUACCGAAAAAAUGACCAAAGUCCUGGCUGCUGUUGUCCAAAAGCCCCUGGAUAAAGACCAAUGUGCCUAUUGCAAAGAAAAAGGCCAUUGGGCCCGAGAAUGCCCUAAAAAGAAAAAGCCACGUCAUAAUCAAAAACCGUGGCAGCCAAAAACCACACCCGCCCUCUUCACUCAAGAUGCAGAAUAGGGGGGACGGGGUUCGGAUCCCCUCCCCGAACCUAGGGUAACGCUACAAGUGGAAGGGAACCCAGUUCAAUUCCUAGUCGACACAGGGGCACAACAUUCGGUCUUGAUCAGAUCCCAUGGAAAAAUUUCUGAAAAAUCUUCCUGGGUCCAAGGGGCUACCGGAAUAAAAAAAUAUCCCUGGACCACCCAGAGGACUGUGGACCUAGGAAAUGGAAAGGUCACCCAUUCCUUCCUAGUCAUCCCCGACAGCCCCUGCCCCUUAUUAGGAAGAGACUUGCUCACUAAAAUGGGGGCCCAGAUUCAUUUUACGCCAGGGGGCCCCCAAGUGACUGGCCCUCACAACCAACCCAUGACCAUACUUACUCUAAGUUUAGAAGAUGAAUAUCGACUCCAUCAGGAGCCACCCUCACAAAGUCAAAACAUAGAGCCCUGGCUCCAGCAGUUUACAGAAGCAUGGGCUGAAACCGGGGGUAUGGGGUUGGCUAAACAUCGCCCGGCUCUAUUCAUAGAGCUGAAACCGGGGGCAGAUCCAGUUCGGGUCCGACAAUACCCGAUGUCAAUGGAGGCCAGAAAUGGCAUCACGCCACAUAUCCGUCGCCUCCUAGACUUAGGCAUCUUGCGUCCCUGCCAUUCAGCCUGGAACACCCCCCUGCUGCCUGUACGAAAACCUAACAGUGCAGACUACCGUCCGGUACAAGAUCUGAGAGAAGUUAACCGCCGAGUCAUGGACAUACACCCAACAGUACCCAACCCCUAUACCCUCCUAAGUGCCCUCAGCCCAGAAAGACAAUGGUAUACUGUCCUUGAUUUGAAAGAUGCUUUUUUCAGCCUGCCUCUGGCCCCCAAAAGCCAAGAGCUCUUCGCCUUCGAGUGGUCCGACCCUGAGAGGGGCAUAAAUGGGCAACUCACCUGGACCCGGCUCCCCCAAGGAUUUAAAAACUCACCCACCUUGUUCAAUGAGGCACUUCACGAGGAUCUGGGCGAGUACCGGAAUCAAAACCCCGAAGUGACUCUCUUGCAGUACGUCGAUGAUCUUUUAAUUGCCGCUGAGACUGCCGAAGCUUGCUUGCAAGGCACCAGGAACCUCCUCCGGACACUUGGUGCCCUGGGGUACUGGGCUUCAGCAAAGAAAGCCCAAAUUUGCAGAUCCGAGGUAACCUACUUGGGGUAUCUGUUAAGAGAAGGCCAACGAUGGCUCACUGAUGCACGGAAGGAAACCGUCCUCCGCAUCCCCCGACCCACAACGCGAAGGCAGGUGAGAGAAUUCCUGGGAUCGGCCGGGUUCUGCCGCUUGUGGAUACCUCGGUUCGCCGAGAUGGCUAAGCCUCUUUACCUGGUCACCCGAGAACAGGCGCCCUUUGAGUGGACAGAGGAAACUGAGUAGGCUUUCCAGCAAAUUAAACUCGCCCUGUUGUCGGCGCCAGCCUUAGGGCUCCCCGAUGUCUCCAAACCCUUUCAUCUCUUCGUAGAUGAAAAUAAGGGGGUAGCCAAAGCAGUGCUGAUGCAACUCCUUGGUCCAUGGCCCAGGCCCGUUGCCUAUCUUUCAAAAAGACUAGACCCAGUAGCGGCUGGCUGGCCCCCUUGCCUCCGUAUGAUCGCUGCUACAGCUCUAAUGGUAAAGGAUGCUGAUAAGUUAACUAUGGGACAAGAGUUACAUGUUACAACCCCUCAUGCCAUCGAGGGAGUCCUCAAACAACCUCCUGACCGAUGGAUAAGUAAUGCCCAACUGGUUCACUACCAGGGACUAUUAUUAAAUCCCCUCAGAAUCAUUUAUGCUCCCCCCCGAACACUAAACCCUGCCUCCCUGUUACCAGACCCAGACUUGGAUACCCCCCUCCAUGACUGCGCUGAGAUAUUGGCACAGGUUCAUGGAGUUCGGGAAGAUUUACAGGAUCACCCGCUACCAGACGCCGAGGUUACCUGGUUCACUGACGGCAGCAGCUUUGUACAUCAGGGUCAAAGAUACGCGGGGACAGCAGUCACAACUGAAACUGAGACUGUUUGGGCAGAGCCUUUGCCAGCUAGCACCUCUGCCCAACGGGCUGAACUUGUGGCCUUAACCAAGGCACUGACUUUGGGAAAAGACAAGAGACUAAACGUGUAUACCGAUAGCAGAUAUGCUUUUGCUACGGCCCACAUACAUGGAGCUAUAUACAGAGAGAGGGGAGUGUUAACUGCAGAGGGGAAAACCAUCAAAAACAAAGAAGAAAUAUUGGCUCUUUUAAAGGCACUCUGGCUGCCUAAACGACUAGCCAUCAUACAUUGCCCAGGCCACCAAAAACCGAUCACACCGGUGGCCAGAGGAAAUAAUUUGGCUGACCAGGUGGCCCGAGAGGUGCCCUUACAGGUGGACUAUACUUUAAUGACCACCCUACCAGACCCCGGUUCAGCUAGUUUACCAGGAAGUCCCACCUACACUAAAGAAGACCUAAACUGGAUCCAAAAAUUGCCUUUGACUCAGAGCCUUAACGGAUGGUGGAGAGCAGCAGACUGUAGCAUAAUCCUCCCAGAAGAAAUGGGAAAUAAAGUCUUAUCCAAGAUGCACCGAGCCACUCAUAUGGGCACAAGAAAAAUGCAAGACUUAAUGAGACAUGCUAGGAUCACCAUUAAAGUCUCCAGGACAAAAAUUGAACAGAUAGUUGCUAGCUGUAAAGCUUGCCAACUAACUAAUGCCACCAACCACGGGAAAAACCCUGGCUCCAGGACCCGCGGAACCAGGCCGGGAGCCUAUUGGGAAGUAGACUUCACCGAGGUAAAGCCUGGAAAAUAUGGAUAUAAAUAUUUGUUAGUGUUUAUAGAUACCUUUUCAGGAUGCACAGAGGCCUUCCCCACCAAGCAUGAGACUGCGCAGGUAGUAGCAAAGAAAAUGUUAGAAGACAUCAUGCCCAGGUACGGAUUCCCUACCCUAAUAGGAUCAGACAACGGACCAGCAUUCAUUUCAAAGGUAAUACAAGGGAUAGCGCAGUUUAUUGGGGCUGAUUGGAAACUACAUUGUGCAUAUAGACCCCAAAGCUCAGGACAGGUAGAAAGAAUAAAUAGAACGCUAAAAGAGACCUUGACUAAAUUGACCAUGGAGACUGGCGCUAACUGGGUAGUCUUACUCCCCUACGCUCUGUUCAGGGUGUGAAACUCCCCCUACAAACUGGGAUUAACCCCCUUUGAAAUCAUGUAUGGAGUACCCCCUCCUAUAAUUCCCAACCUACAGUCUAAUGUGUUAACUGAAUUUGAUGAUCAUAAACUUCUUAUUUCCCUGAGGGAACUCCAGCGCACCCACCAGGAAGUUUGGCCCAGACUGAGAGCCAUUUAUGAGACCGGGCCCCCUCCUGAGCCGCAUCACUACCGACCCAGAGACCGGGUAUAUGUGUGGAGACAUAAGC